AUGGAAAAGAGACGAGUGGGUCUGGAGUUCAAUGAGCUGCUGUCUGACACUGCAGCUGCCGCUUCACCGUCUGCAGCUGCCGCUUCACCGUCCGCACCUGCCGCUUCACCGUCUGCACCUGCCGCUUCACCGUCCGCACCUGCCGCUUCACCGUCCGCACCUGCCGCUUCACCGUCCGCACCUGCCGCUUCACCGUCCGCACCUGCCGCUUCACCGUCCGCAGCUGCCGCUUCACCGUCCGCACCUGCCGCUUCACCGUCCGCACCUGCCGCUUCACCGUCCGCACCUGCCGCUUCACCGUCCGCAGCUGCCGCUUCACCGUCCGCAGCUGCCGCUUCACCGUCUGCAGCUGCCGCUUCACCGUCCGCACCUGCCGCUUCACCGUCCGCACCUGCCGCUUCACCGUCCGCACCUGCCGCUUCACCGUCCGCAGCUGCCGCUUCACCGUCCGCAGCUGCCGCUUCACCGUCCGCAGCUGCCGCUUCACUGCACAGACUGUGUGGGAUUCCUGCUGUUUUCUGAGUUAAAGGGAGGAACCACUAAAAAUUAAAUGAAAUUUAGUUUAAAUCUGGAACCAAAUCCUGUUUUAUUUUUGAAUCACAGUUGAACAGGGUCGGUUCAUUUUCAUGUUCUAAUCCGAGGCGCUGAACGUCCUCCAGUAGAAGUUCAAAUACUGGUGUAAACGCAGGAGAACCUGAAGCUGAACUGAAGCUCAUGUCGUUAAUGUGAAGCUGAUGAAACCAUUUGAACCUCAGAUCGAAUCAGAACGUCCGACUGAAAACCACCUGGAACUGAAACUGAACCAUGAGUCUGAAUACGGUGGGUUUUCUGUCAUUUAUGUCAUUUUAAUCUUUUCAUCUUGUUGCAUCUUAGUUUUUUUUUUUUUAACACUUUUUUCUUUUUUGCUUCUUCUAUGAUUUUGCCAUUUUCAUCAGUUUCAUCCUGUUCCGUCUCUUUUUUUUUUUUUGUCUUUCUCCUUUUUAAAUUUAUUUAUUUAGUUAGUUUUCAUGUCGUUUUCUACGGAGCCCCUUUGGUGAUGUGAGGAAAAAAAUAUUAAUGUGCGUCCACCAAGGUUAUUAUCGUUAAUGAAAACUAAUGAAAUGACCAAAACUAGAAUUGAAAAAACAUUUUCGUUAACUGAAAUA